AUGAAUGCCAACGCAUUUUAUCGAUACUUCUAUCAAUUUUAUUUGACACUUGAGGCGGAAGAAGAUGGAUGGAGCAAUUGUUUUAAUGUGAGUUUUUUUGAGUAUAAAAGUGGUAAUAUAUACUAUUAUGUUUUAGAGAAUAGAAAAAAAAUUUCAAGAAAGCUAGUCAACAAAUUAAACCAGCUGCAAAACGAGAAGGAUUUGCCACAACUUCAAAUGUUUCGUGGGAUGAUAUUGGUGCACUGCGAGAAGUUCGUAAAGAAUCGGAAUGGAGUUUAUUAAAACCAAUCAAACACCCUGAAGAGUUUUCUGAAUUAGGGCUGGAUAAUCGAGCUCAAGGUAUUCUUCUUGUUGGACCGCCAGGUUGUGGAAAAACUAUGUUGGCGAAAGCAAUUGCGACUGAAGUUGAAUGCAACUUUAUAACUGUAAAUGGGCCGGAAUUGAUGAACAAAUAUGUGGGAGAAAGUGAGAGAGGUGUUCGGGCAGUGUUUCAACGAGCAAAAUCAUCUCAACCAUGUAUCAUUUUCUUCGAUGAAAUCGAUGCAUUGUGCCCGAGAAGAUCGGAAAAUGAAACACCCGGUGGAACCAAAUUGGUUAAUCAGUUAUUGACGGAAAUGGACGGAGUUGAAGGAAGAAAGCAAGUGUAUUUGAUUGGCGCGACAAAUCGGCCCGACAGUAUUGAUGGCGCUAUAUUACGCCCUGGUCGCCUUGGCAAAUCAGUCUACGUUGGUUUUCGUUCAGUUGAGGAUCGAGUGGAUAUUCUGCGAAAAUCCACAAAGGUAAUUUUAAAUAGUUGGGAUGGCUUUACAGCUUAAAAUUAAUGAGAAUUUCAAUACCGAAAAAAAAACUUUUGAGAAUUCUUAUUUCAGAAAAAGUCUAUUUUCUCUUAUCUUUUUUGAGAAUUAUGUAUUGUCCAUUCUGCUAAAUUGAUCAGCAAGAAGUGACAAGGGAAAACUGAACACAAAAAAUUCGCGCUUUCGCCGGAAAAAAUAUCGCGAAUUUUUUGUUUUGAUUUCUUGUUUUCUUUUUUCCCUGUCACUUCACGCUGAUCAUUUCAGCAGAUAAGACAAUAGAAAUUGUUGUUUUUUAAGUUCAAGUUUCGUAUCGACUUUGAAUUUUUGAAAUUAGCAAUAUGUUUAUUUUUCAGAAUGGAACUCGCCCAAUGCUUGAUAAAGAUGUAAACUUCGAAGAUGUUGCAAAGUUGCCACAACUCGAUUGGUUCACGUUAGUUUGAUUACAUCUUUGUUAUAUGCAAAAUAUUAUAUUUUUAGAGGUGCGGAUAUGAUUUCACUGGUCCACGAAUCAGCCUUGUUGGCUCUCCAAGCAAGAGCUUAA